ACAUUUUCAAAUGUUAGUAACCUUAAUCUACAUAAAAAAAUUCAUAGUAAUUUGCGGUUUAGUUGUGAUAUAUGCGCAAAAACUUUUGUAAGAAAGAGUAGCUUAAUUAGACACCAGAAACUAUUACAUGAUAAAAAAUUGAAUCAAGUUGUUACUGAAUUGAAAAUAGAACCAGAAGAAAGUGUAUUUCAAUAUCAAAUAAUUAAUAUGGAUCAUGUGACUUCUGUAAAUCUAAUAUCUGAACAAUCUAACGAAUUACAAGAUGUUUUAUCAAUCUUACCUAAUGACCAUUUUAGUCAAACAAAAUCUACGACUUGUAAUUAUUUAGUGUUUAGGACAGAUAUAGAUGAAAAAACAAAUUUAGAUGUUAAUAUUAUAAAACAGAAAUACGAAAAGGAAAAUCAUUCUGUAAUACAGUUAAACAAAGGUUUCCUUUUAGAUAAGACAAAUAGUUCUAUAUUUUCAAAUAUAACUUUCUUAAAUGAAACUAUGGCAUAUUCUGCAGUUGAUAGUUCAAUAGAUCAGAAGUUAAUAAUUGAAGAUCAACAUAAAAACGAAAGAGUAAAAAGGAAACAAUUAAAAAACAAACGAGGAACACGAAAAUUGUCAACGCAUUACCUAAAAUUUAGUGAAAAAUAUUUAACACCUACCUUAUUUAAAAAAGUUAAAAGUCACAUAGAAAAACAAAGAAGUAUUUUUGGUGAUUUUUGAGGGGAUUGUUUUGGUAGUUUUUAUUUUAUAAUUUAGACUAAAACACUCUCUAAUGAUAUUAUCACUUAUUAAUGUUAUCACCUAGGGCCUAGAUGAUUGUCACAUUUUGCCAGUUUCCACAAUUUCAAUAAUUUAUUUUGCAGUGGGCCAAGAUACCAAUUAGUUUAAUUAUUCUUAUUGUUAAAUAUUUUUAUUAUCUCCUUUAUAUCAUGUUCUUUGUAAUUAUUUAUGUUAUUAAGUAGUUGAAUAGUUUAAAUGAAAUGAUUAUGUGCCAAUAAAUGU